AUGAACUACUGGCCAUACAUUAUUGACAAAAGAACGAAAGUUAACUCGACGACAGCGGAACCACCAAAGCUCUCUACUGAAGGCGACAAUAAAGUACUAGCUCCUAAGGCUGCUGAAGAGAAACAUUGGUGGAAAGUUGGACUCAACAGAGAAAAUUUCAUAAAAAGAUUAAAAGACAAAAGAUAUCGCGAAAGGAUUCGAACGAAAAAGUCAAUGGAAGAUAUGGGCUAUUACUUUUAUUAA